AUGGCGCCAGUCGCGAAUUUGUAUAGCGCUGUCCACGCAGCGUGGACUGAGGGGCGGCUUGAGAAUGUCCUCGAGCGCCAAAAGCAGCUGGCCCUCCUGCACAGCAACGUGAAAAAGUCGACCGAACAACUGAUCGCAGCCAUUGUGCAAGAAUUACAGUCCAGCGAAGAAAGUGCGGCCGCAGAGCUUGAACUGAUUCUCGAAAAUAUCAAAUACCAUUACGAUGUUCUCGACUUCCCAGCAACGCUCACGAAAGAAGCCGCGGUGAGAAAAGGUUCCAGUAACAUGGAUAAUAGCGUUCCUCUUGGCCCGACUUUGAUCGACGCAAACCCUUUUGUACCGGUUGCAAGCACCCUAAUUCCGCUAGCUGCCGCCGUAGCAGCUGGUAGUGCGGUGUUGGUCCUGGCUCUUUCUGGGCUCCCUAUUCUCAAUACGGAGCUGCGAAGAAUCAUUUCAGCAAGUCUGGAUGUUGAAGCCGUGGCAAUUGUCCCCGACAAUUCUAGCGAUACUCGUGAGCAACUUUGUUCGAUGCGCUUCGAGGUUGCUGUCCUCCAGAAUUCGAGUCACUGGAAUGAUCUGCGGAAUGGGCUCUUCAUGACCAAUCCCACUAUCAGAGUCCAUUCACCAGCAACUGGAUUCCCCGCGGUCUUUGUGGAUCGCAGCACGCGUGACGUCGAGGCAGUCGCCAAACAUCUUUACCACGCAGUACUUUGCGCGCCUCGUCAUAAUCCUUCCAGAGUACCUCGACUUUGCUUCGUAGACGAAUCGAAGGCGAAAGACCUAGAGAGCUACCUUGUUCGAGCUGGCCCAGCCUCGAUUCGCCGCCUCGAGGUUGCCAAAGAUUGGCAGAGCACGCCACAGCUUUGCAAACUCCUUCAAACAGUCUUCCCCUCUUUAGUGAACAAGGCAAUCAGCCACGACACCUUCACUUCAGUGAUUGCUCUAGAAUCCUCAGACUCCAUUACAGUAGACAGUAUUGGUGCCGUGGCUCAGUCGAUGGCUAUGAGCGAUCGUGGAAUUCUGCUCAUUCCAAUCAGUAGCAUGGAUCAUGGCAUUGACAUCUUGAAUAAGCUGAACAAAGCUGGGCCCUCAGAGAUAGUAUAUGCUUUUGGCGACGGUAAAGCCGGUCUCUACGUCGGCUCGUUCGUAAAGACGCUGCAGGUCUGUAUCAACGAAGUGCCUGCGUGGUCCCUAGGUAAGAUCAAGAUCGUCCUCAAAACGAUCGGCAGGACUUUCUAA